AUGGCCGUCAAAAAGCGCCAAAAGACUCUGUCGCAUGGCCGACCACCCAUCAGUAAACCGAAAGAGCGGAUGACCUCUGAGCGUUCCAGGACUAUCAUCCGCACUCAUCACCGACUGCAGAAGGAACAUGCGGCAGCUUUAAAAAGAGGAGAUUUGAAGUUAGCAGAAGAGACUGCACGAGCUAUCGAGCGGAACGGAGGAAUAAAGACUUAUCAGGCUGCAAGCAAGCAAGGCCAGGCGAAGGACAGGGGAGGCGACUCCAGCAAGUUGUUAGUUGAAUGGCUGCAGCAAUCCAAGGUCUUGGAUCCGAAAGCACGAGAUCGGCGCAGUACUGGCAAUGCCAAACUCAGAUGUCUCGAGGUUGGAGCUUUGUCCACCAAAAAUGAGAUCUCCAAGUACUCAAGCGCCAUCGACAUGACCAGGAUCGAUUUGAACAGCCAAGGUCCAGGUAUCGAAAAACAAGAUUUCAUGGAGCGACCAAUUCCUACGUGUGAUGACGAGCGCUUCGAUAUCAUUUCCCUAUCAUUGGUGCUCAACUACGUACCGGAUGCUGUUGGUCGAGGGGAAAUGUUGAAACGCAUCACAGAGUUCUUCAGAAAGAGCAGUGUGCCAACGGAAACCUCAGAAUCAUUCUUCCCAGCAUUGUUCUUCGUCCUACCGCUACCAUGUGUCGACAACUCGCGUUAUCUUGAUGAACAGCUACUCUUGCGAAUUAUGGGCGAUUUGGGUUUCACGAUGAAGAUGAGCAAGAACACUUCCAAGUUGUGUUACUACCUGUUCACCCUAACGAACGAGCCGAGAGUCACAAAGGUCGAGAAGAAGAAGAUUAAAGACGGGCCAGGAAUGAACAAUUUCUGCAUUAUUGUGGAAUGA